AUGACCGCCGCAGAGACAUUGCUCAUCUUAGCGCAUUAUCGCGAGGAUGAACAUAUCCUGCAGCGUUUGCCAUUGCAUAAGUUCGACGUGCAGAAAGAUCGCCUAGGGCUUCUCCGCUGUCCAUUUCGCGUAGGUCAGGUCGCAUCGGCGCCAGUCUUUAUAAUUCCACCUCAUAGACUGGCUACGAUUCUCGUUUGGCAUCAUCACCUGCAGUGUUAUCAUGCGGGAGUUUAUUCCACCAUAACCGCACUACGCACUAACUACUUCAUUCCAUCUAUACAUAGUCUAAUCGCUAGAACUCUUCGCACAUGUGUCGUCUGUAGGAAAGUUAGUGGCCACGCAUACCGUUUACCGGAAAUGCCAACUUUACCGGAAGAACGGACAACAAGAUCUCGUCCGUUCCAGUACGUCGGUAUCGACUAUCUCGGCCCUUUGAGUUAUCGCAGCGUCUAUUCAUCUGUUGAGAAGAUCUGGGUAUGCCUUAUAACAUGCAUGGCUACCAGGGCAGUUCACCUUGAACUCGUUGUGAACAACACGGUUCAGGAAUUUUUGCUAGCCUUUCGCAGAUUUAUAGCACGCAGAGGUACUCCAGACAUCAUCUACAGCGAUAACGCAACUACGUUUCAUGCCGCAGACGACGAUUUAUCAAACGUCGUAUACGCUACAGGUAAUUGUGUGUAUACCAUCGGGAUUGACCUCCCCGAAGCUUUCGAAAUGUCUUAUCGUUCAUUUGGUGAAGGCGCUCAUGGCAAGAGCACGCAGAAUCGCAGGCACAAUCCUGACGCAGCACUUCGUCUUAGCGAGGAUAAUGAGACGCAGCUCGCCGCAGUAGCGCCAGAGGAUAAAGCGUUUUUAUUUUUGUUGCAGCGGCUCACUAUAACGCUUAAUCCUGACUACGUAUUUCGCACAGCCCACUUAGGAGCGCAUGAUUAUGUCAGCAUUGAUGCGUUUCUAAGGUCAGAUUACCACCGCAUGAUCCGUAGUUACUUCACUAAGGAGAUCAUCCUCCCUGACUGGGCUGACGAGCAAGCCGCUGGGUAUCCCUACUUCACAGUCUUCGAGAUUGUUCAACAUCUAAAAGGGAUACGCGCACUUACGCAAGAGCUUGUAGAAUAUCUUACUCAGGCGUCGCAAAGUCAUCGCUCGCCUGACGCGCUUGCGUUAUUUGUGCAUAUAGAGCACAUCCACGAUUUGAUCCACAACAUCGAUCAUCGCAAUAUCAAACUUUUAACGCACCUUCAGAUUUAUGUAUUUAGAGGACAGCAGCCUCCACCUCAGCUCGUGGACCUUCUCGCAUAUUACGAUGUUCAUUGGGCUGAUCUUCAGGAGGCCGCCGCAGCAGCGAACGCCGCAGUUGCAGAAGCCAGAACAGUCCUGGCUACCCUUAUGGAUAUCCAUAGGUCGCAUUUACGUGAAUCGCAGUUCCCUGAGGAACAACAGGGACAACUUGAGCAAUACCCUGGCACGCCGCAUCCACUCUUUGAGCAGUUAGAUCAAGCUCAGUCGUCGCAGCAACAGCAGCGUGAGCGUAGGCCUUCAUCCACCUCGCAGUCUCGCACAGCUUCUCCGCAGUCACGCGCUAGUGCACCACCACCAGCACAAGCCGCAGGGGCACAACCAGAGGCGCGAUCACAA